AUGGCGGAGGUCUAUCACCGCCCACUCCCGGAGAAUGCAUGCUUUCCCACUGGCAGCCUGGAUUUUCGCAAAGAGCUCUCGAGCAGUUCACUCAAACAAAGGCUCAAAUCUCGUAUCCAAUUGAACAUCACCAUUGUUGGCGCUGGAUUGGGAGGCCUCGCCACCGCGGUUGCUUUGGCACGACACGGGCACUCUGUUACUGUGUUUGAACAAGCAUGCAAGCUUGGGGAGGUGGGAGCAGGGAUUCAGAUCCCAAGCAACUCUAGUCGGCUUCUAAAGAGGUGGGGAGUCGCCGAGCACCUGGCACCAUUUAUUGUAGAGCCGCAUGGUAUCAACCUUCUCAGAUGGAAAGAUGGCAAACUAAUAGGAAAGACUCAACUUGUACCCGACUUCCAAUACCGCUUUGGUGCUCCAUACUAUGUCAUUCAUAGAGCACAUCUUCACAGCGCACUCCACCGGAGAGCAAUGGAUCUUGGUGUCGACAUUCAAAUCAACAGCAGAGUAACUGAAUAUCGCCCGGAGACAGCCACAAUUGUUUUAGCCAGCGGAAAGACGUACAGAUCAGAUCUAGUUGUCGCAGCAGAUGCAGGUGUUCAAUCUGUGGCUGUACCUAUCGUCACUGGGAGCAAGGACAAAAAAGUCAUACCAUCGGGCUUCGCUGCAUACCGAGCAACGGUGGAUGCGGCCAAAAUACAGAAUGAUCCAGAGACAGCGCCUCUUUUGGAAACUCCUGGACUCAACUUCUGGAUUGGAGACCAACGACACGCCAUGACUUAUCCCAUCGCAGGCGGUACAUCUUACAAUAUGGUACUGUCACAUCCAGAGACUUCAGACCCAUCCACCUGGAGCCAGCAAGAUGCUCUGACUGCGAUGAAGCGAGAAUUCAACAACUGGGACCCAAGGCUGGUCAAGGUCAUUGACAUGAUCGAUGCCACGAUGAAAUGGCCCCUAGUGACAGGCAUAGGACUUUCGAAUUGGGUCCAUCCGACGAACAAUCUGGUCGUUCUCGGUGAUGCCGCCCACGCUAUGUUGCCAUAUAUGUCCCAAGGAGCCGGGAUGGCUAUCGAAGACGGCGCAGCUCUCGCAGAAGUGAUUCACUUGGCGUCAUCUCUGGAACAGCUUCCUCAGUGUCUUGACUUGUGGCAACGAGUGCGAAUUAAGCGUACCUUCCAAAUGCAGCAAGCCAGCCUCAUUGGCGCGCACAUAUGGCACGUCGCCGACGGACCGGAGCAGAUUGCCCGAGACACUUCGAUGCAGGCGGACAUCGAAGGGAAUCCGACCAACUCGAGCGCGAACCUGUGGUCAGAUCCUGUAACGCAGAGGUGGUGCUAUGGUUAUGAUGCAGAAAGGGAGAUACAAGCGGAAUGGGGAAUGUUGGCGCAAUGCCAUCUCUGA